GUACCUUAUUGGAGGCAGUGUGUUAUACUAUCCUCAGCUUUCCUCAAUAAGUUCUUAUCAACUGUAUGUCGAGGUAGUUUGUGAAGAGCUGGACUGGCUUCCUCUUUAUCCAGGCAACAUUGGUACCCCAAAAUUCUCCCAUGGUCAUGGAAGUAAAACAAAAAGUCCUCCCAAUGCUGAAGCCAUCCCCAAAGUAUUAGAUGUUUGCUCUCACUGGAUGCAGAGCUUUAUUAAAUACAGUAAUUGGCUGGAGAACCCUUCUAAUAUCAAGGCAGCAAGAUUUCUCACUAGAGGGCACAAGAAGUUAAGGGUGUGCAUGGAAGAACUGGGGAUACAAAAGACUGAAUUGAUUGAAAGCACUGCUAAGCAAUCUGUUGAGAGGAGUAGAUCUGGAAAAGAGCCAGAUUCUUUUGAUAAGGUAGUCCUCAAUCUCUACAAAAGACAGGCACUGGAAAGUGUUGAAGAAGCUCUGAUAAGGCUAGAGGAGUUGCUUCAGGAGCUGCAUGUAUCAAGCUCCAAUUCUGGAAAAGAGCAAUUAAAAGCUGCUUGUUCUGAUCUUGAGAGCAUAAGGAAACUUAAGAAAGAGGCUGAAUUUCUUGAGGCAUCUUUCAGAGCAAAGGCAGCUUCUCUUCAGCAGGGAGAUGAUAAUCGUUCCUCAUCUUCUACUGCUGAGGAGCAACAAUAUUCUAGAAGGAAGAACAGCAAGGGUGUUGAUGUAGUUCUGGAUAGGAGCAACAGAUUUGUCAAUAAUUCUUGUAGAUUAUGGAACUUCUUAGUGUGCUAUCCAACCAGGAAGCCUGCCCUCGGGUUAUCCACUGCAGAUGGAAGUGAUGUUGAACCUUUUGAACAAUCUACAGUGAGUAUGGCUGGAGCAGGCUCAGAGUCGAGUGAAAUUCAACGUUUUGAGCUUUUAAGGAAUGAGCUAAUUGAACUUGAAAAACGAGUUCAAAGAAGUGCUGAUCAAUCUGAAAAGGAAGAGGAUGAACUUAAUAUGCGUGACUCUGCCAGUUAUGGUGAUGAAGCUGAAGGAAGGCGAUUGCUUCAGGUUCAGAAGAAAGAAAGUAUUAUUGGAAAGUCAAUUGAUAAGCUUAAAGAAACCAGCACGGUAUGGAUCUCUUACCAUUCUUCAUUAGUCAAAGGAUGAGAUAUGGUCCACAAA